CGGUGUGCUUGCGAUGUCUGACUGCGCAUCAGAUCAAAUCGUCGUUUAGUAAUAAAGGCAAACGGAAAGAAUCUAGAGAUUUUCGCGUCCAGAUUUUUUUCGUAUAUAUCUCCUGAAUAUUUGAAUUGAAUCUUUUCAUUAGAGGAUACAUAUUUGAAUCUUUUUCUUAAGGUAUGUUUUUUGUUGGAAGGCAACCCAUUAAGGGAGAAACACAGUUGAACAAAUGGAUGACGAUCUGUUGAAUUUAUUAGCGCAGUUGAAUAUGAUGUGUGAAUUUAAGGAAGAAACUCCAGUCCUUGUGUUGGACGACCUGAACACAGAUGGGAUUCAAAUGGAUUUGCCUUCUGCCAAUUAUGGGUGCAAGCAUUACAGAAGGAGAUGCAAGAUCAGAGCUCCUUGUUGUGAUGAGAUUUUUGAUUGCAGACAUUGCCAUAAUGAAGCUAAGAAUGACCUCGAAAUCAAUCCGAUUGAUCGGCACGAUAUUCCCCGCCACGAAGUGAAAAGGGUUAUAUGCUCCAUUUGUGACACGGAACAAAAUGUUCAACAAAAUUGUAUAAAUUGUGGAGUUUGCAUGGGGAAUUAUUUUUGCGACAAAUGCAAUUUCUUUGAUGACGAUGUGUCGAAGAAGCAAUACCACUGUGACGAUUGUGGAAUAUGCAGAACUGGUGGGGUGGAGAAAUUUUUCCAUUGCAGCAAAUGUGGAUGCUGCUAUGCGUUAUCCAUUAAGGAUACACAUCGUUGUGUAGAGAGAGCGAUGCAUCAUAAUUGUGCAGUUUGCUUCGAGUAUUUAUUCGAUUCCACCAAGAACAUCACUGUUCUACCAUGUGGACAUACCAUACAUUUGGAAUGUGUUCAUGAGAUGAAGCAACACUACAGAUACUCGUGUCCCGUCUGCUCCAAGUCCAUCGGUGACAUGUCAAACGUAUGGCAAAAGCUCGACGAAGAGAUUGCUUCAACUCCAAUGCCGGAGAUGUACAAAAAUAAAAUGGUUUGGAUACUAUGCAAUGACUGUGAGGAAACAUGUGAGGUGCAGUUCCACAUUAUAGCAUACAAAUGCUCGGGUUGCAAUUCUUACAAUACUCGACGAAUUCAAGGUGCCCCCGCCUCCUGCUGAUAAAACGACGUCGCUUUGAGACUGAGUAAUCUUUGGAGGGGAGGAGACUGCAUCAACUCAAAAGCUCAUAGGAAAAAUGAGAUUGUUUUUAGGUUUUUUACUUUAGUAUAUAUAUUUGGUUUAUUAGAGCUCCCAGUUUCUCCUGCCCCAAUCACUCAACAUCUGUUACUUUUUCUUAUAAUGUUGACAGCAUUUUUACACCUUUCAAUGCAAAGUUUCCAUAUUUAUAACAA